CCAAGCCGCAGCGUCUGCCGAAGACAAGCCGGCGACACGAUGGUGAAGAGGAAGAGCUUGGACGACACUGACCAGGAGUGCGGCAGGGGGAUACCGUUCCCGAUUCAAACCUUCCUGUGGAGACAGACCAGUGCGUUUCUGAGGCCGAAGUUGGGCAAGCAAUAUGAAGCCUCUUGCGUGUCGUUUGAGCGGGUUCUGGUGGAGAACAAGCUCCACGGACUCUCCCCGGCUCUGUCCGAGGCCAUCCAGAGCGUGUCUCGCUGGGACCUGGUCCAAACCGCGCUGCCACACGUGCUGCACUGCACCGCCAUCCUGCUGUCCAACCGGAACAAACUGGGGCACCAAGAUAAGCUAGGCGUGGCGGAGACCAAGCUGCUGCACACGCUGCACUGGAUGCUGCUGGACGCCGCGCAGGAGUGCCAGCAGGAGGCGGGGCCGGGCCUGAGGUGGUCGGGAGGGGGCGGGGGCAGCAGCAGCAGCGCCUUCCUGCAGCCAAUGGGAAACCCCGGCUCCCCGCCCGCGCCCCAGCCCCGCCCCGGACCCCGCUGCAGCGCCGGCUCAUUGGACGAGGACGAGCACGCCCGCGCCAAGUUCUUCCACAAGAGCAUGGCCACCGUGGAGCUGUUCGUCUUCCUCUUCGCCCCCCUCGUGGGCCGAAUCAAGGAGUCUGACCUGACCUUCCGAUUGGCCAGCGGCCUUGUCAUCUGGCAGCCAAUGUGGGAGCACCGUCAGCCAGACGUUCCGGCCUUCUCGGCGUUCAUUAAACCUGCGCGCAACAUUGUGACAGCCAAGAGAAACUCUCCAACCAGCAACCAGUGCAGUCCCUGUGGGUCCAGCAACCCCGGCCCCAUGGGGUUCCAGGUGGUGUGUGAAACUGCCCAAUCAGAUUCCUCCUCCCCAGGGGCAGCUCACGCGGCUGCAGUGCUGCUGUGCGCGGCUCCACUUCACCGCUGCCGGUCUGAGCCUGCCUGCCUGCAGCCGGCGCGGUCGCCAUGCUCCCUGCCCCUGGCACAGCGCGCCCGGUACGGGACCUACUUCGACGUGGCGGUCCUGCGCUGCCUGCUCCAGCCCCACUGGACGGAGGAGGGCGUGCACUGGGCCCUGAUGUACUACCUGCAGCGCCUCCGGCAGGUCCUGGAGGAGAAGCCAGAGAGGCCCCCCGAGCCCCUGGCCACGCCCCUGCCCCGCCCGCGCAGCAGCUCCAUGGUGGCGGCCACGCCCUCCCUGGUCAACACACACAAGACCCAGGACAUGAGCCUGAAGUGCAAUGAGGAGGAGAAGUCCCUGAGCUCUGAGACCUUCGCCAAGGUGUCCAUGACCAACCUGAGGAGACAGGCCGUCCCCGACCUCGCCUCUGACCUGGGAAUGAACAUCUUCAAGAAGUUUAAGAAUCGGCGGGAGGACCGUGAGCGGAAGGGCUCCAUCCCGUUCCACCACACGGGGAAGAAGAGGCAGCGGCGCAUGGGCGUGCCCUUCCUGCUGCACGAGGACCACCUGGACGUGUCGCCCACCCGCAGCACCUUCUCCUUCGGCAGCUUCUCCGGCCUGGGGGACGACCGCCGUGGCCUGGACCGGGGAGGCUGGCAGGCCACCAUCAUGGGGAAAUUCACCCGGCGUGGCAGCACGGACACCUCUGCCGAUGUGGAGAGCCUGAGCGCCAAACAUUCACACUCCCACCACACCCUGCUGAGAGACCUCCCCGACCACGCCAACAGCCACAGCGACAACACCGUCAAGGAGGUGCGUUCUCAGAUAUCCACCAUCACCAUGGCGACUUUCAACACCACGGUGGCAUCCUUCAACGUGGGCUACGCGGACUUCUUCACGGAGCACAUGAAGCGUCUCUGUAACCCCGUGCCCAUGCCCGAGAUGCCCAUCGAGCCUCUGGCCUGCGCCAACCUGCCCCGCAGUCUGACCGACUCCUGCAUCAACUACUCCUGCCUGGAGGAGGGCGAGAGCAUCGAGGGAGCCAGCAGCUUCAUCCUGAAGAACGGCAUGCUGGACCUCACUGCGAUCCUGAGGGCCCUGUACGCCGUGCUGACUCACGACAUCAGCUCGCGCAUCUGCGACGUGGCGCUGAACAUCAUCGAGUGCCUGCUGCAGCUGGGCGUGGUGCCCUGCGCCGGCAAGUCUCCCGCCAACACGGACGACAAGGAGAACGACGAGGCCCGGGCCAAGGACGCAGCCAAUCAGAGCGCGGCUGGGGCGCAGGGGGGCGUGGCCAGCAGUGCGGGGAGCGCGCCCGGAGGGGGCGGGGAUUCCGGGGGAGGAGGGGGAGGGGGAGGAGGAGGAGGAGGAGGAGGAGGAGGAGGAGGAGGGGGCGGGAGUGGAGGGGGAAGCAACGGAGAUGACGUGAAGAACAACAAGGAGAAAGACGCCAGCUCCUCCCUCAGUACCCACCGAUUGGCUCUCACCAUGCUCAUCAAGAUCGUUAAGUCUCUGGGCUGCGCGUACGGCUGUGGGGAGGGCCACCGAGGCCUGUCAGGGGACCGGCUGCGUCUGCAGGUGAGGCCCCCGGGGGCCAGGAGGAAUGCCCAGAACUGCCUGACCCGUCUGUACAAGCUGGACAAGCUGCAGUUCCGCCUGACCAUGAGGGAGUACGUCACCCGAGACUCCCUCAACAACAUCGUGGACUUCCUGCACGCUCUGCUGGGCUUCUGUAUGGAGCCUAUCACGGACAACAAGGCAGGCUUCGGGAACAACUUCACCACGGGGGAGGGAAAGUCCCUGGCUCAGAACAUGGAGACGGUGGUGGUGGGAUGCAUGUUUAAGUCGCUGAUAACCCGCUGCUCCUCCACUACGCACGAGCUCCACAGCCCAGAGAACCUGGGCCUGUACUGCGAUAUCCGUCAGCUGGUGCAGUUCAUUAAGGAGUCCCACGGGAACGUUUUCCGACGCGUGGCCCUGAGCGCGCUCCUGGACAGUGCCGAGAAGCUCACCACCACCAAAAAACCCGAGGAGAAGGAGGAGCCCAAACCAGCCGGGCCCAAGAGGUCUGAAGCGGGCGCGGCCGGGGAGAAGGGCCAGGCCUCCACCGCAGCGGACGAGUGUCGCAGCUGCAUCUCCAGCCGACCCCCUCAGACCCCCGAACACGAGGAGCAGAUUCCGGGGGCUCUGCUUGGCAGGAAGGAUUUCUGGCGAAAGAUGUUCAAGUCCCAGAGCGCGGCUAGCGACACCAGCAGCCAAUCGGAGCAGGACACGUCGGAGUGCACCACCGCCCACUCGGGCACCACCACGGACCGCCGCUCCCGCACUCGCUCCCGACGCAUCUCCCUGCGCAAGAAGCUCAAGCUGCCCAUCGGGAACUGGCUGAAGCGCUCCUCCCUCUCAGGCCUGACGGACGGCGUGGAGGACCUGCUGGACAUCAGCUCUGUGGACCGGCUCAGCUUCAUCCGACAAAGCUCCAAGGUGAAGUUCACCAGCGCGGUGAAGCUGUCGGAGGGGGGGGCUCCGGAGUACGGGCGGGACGAGGAGGAGAACUUCUUCAAGCGGCUUGGGUGCCACGGGUUCCAGGAGCGCCUGGCUGCCAGCCAGGAGGCCAUGAAGAACAAAAACGUGGUGAACCUGGGCGCCAUCCGGCAGGGCAUGAAGAGGUUCCAGUUCCUGCUGAAUUGCUGUGAGCCAGGCACCAUCCCCGACGCCUCCAUCUUAGCCGCAGCCCUGGACCUGGAAGCCCCAGUGGUGGCCCGGGCCUCGCUCUUCCUGGAAUGCGCCCGCUUUGUGCACCGCUGUAACCGUGGCAACUGGCCGGAGUGGAUGAAGGGUCAUCACGUGAACAUCACCAAGCGGGGCCUCUCCAGAGGGCGCUCUCCCAUAGUGGGCAACAAGAGGAACCAGAAGCUGCAGUGGAACGCAGCCAAACACUUCUGCCAGUGGGGCGAUGCCAUCGGAACCCGCCUGAGCGAGCUCUGCCACUCGGACAGUGAGAGCCCGGCCAACAUCCUGGGCUUCAUCUACGACGAGGAAACCAAGCGCCGCAUGCGCAAGGAAGACGAGGAAGAGGACUUCUUGGAUGACAACACAGUCAACCCCACCAAGUGUGCCUGCCCAUUCGCCCUCAAGAUGGCCGCCUGUCAGCUGCUUCUGGAGAUUACUACUUUCCUGAGGGAGACCUUCCCCUGUUUACCCCGGCCACGCACAGAGCCCCUGGUGGACCUGGACAGCUGCCGUCUGCGUCUGGACCCGGAGCUGGGCCGGCACCGCUACGAGCGCAAGAUCAGCUUCGCCGGAAUUCUGGACGACGAGGACGGCCGAGACUCCCUCAACAGCAGCAGCCACACGCUGAAGUCCGACACGGGCUGCGACGACAAGAAGUCCCAGGAGCCUCUAGCUCCCAUCAGGAAGAUCCGUAUCGGGGGGUCCCGGCUCCUGCAGAUUAAGGGGGCGCGCAGCUUUCGGGUGAAGAAGGGGGGGUCGCUGUCCUCCAUCCGCCGUGCUGGCAGCCUGAAGAGCACCAAGAUGUCCCGGCAGGACUCCGAGUCCGAGAACGAGGAGGGGCUGCUGUCCCAGAGCCGGGACACCGUCACCGACAUCGAAGGAAGUCCCUGGAGCACCAGUGAGCCCAGCAUUGAACCAGAGGCCCUGAGCACAGGAGGAGCUGAGGAUAACUACCACCGUAACAUGUCCUGGCUGCACAUCAUGAUCCUGCUGUGCAACCAGCAGAGCUUCAUCUGCACGCACGUGGACUUCUGCCACCCCCGCUGCUACCAGCACCACAGCCGCUCCUGCGCCCGGCUGGUGCGCGCCAUCAAGCUGCUGUACGGAGAGACGGUGGACAGCCUGCGGGAGGACGGGGGCGCCGGCAACAUCGGCGCCCGCGCCAAGAAGAGCAAGGAGUGUUCGGAUAAAUCGUGCCUCCGUACCCCCUCUAUGAAGAAACGCCCCACAGAUGCCAGUGCAGAGGGGAAGAAGGACACGGGCAUGCUGAAGUACAUCAGAAACCAGGUGCUGAGCCUGGCCCCCGCGCCCCUGUCCCUCCUCAUUAAAGCCGCGCCCAUCCUGACGGAGGACAUGUACGGGGACAUCCAGCCUGCCGCCUGGGAGCUGCUGCUCAGUGUGGACGAGCACAUGGCUGCUGCCGCAGCGGCCAUGUUCCUGCUGUGCGCGGUGAAGGUUCCGGACACGGUCACGGACAUGAUGAUGGCGGAGUUCCACCACCAGGAGGCGGGGCAGCGCAUCGGCUCCGUGCUCAAGUUCUACACGCUGUGGCGUUUCCGCUACCAGGUGUGGCCUCGCAUGGAGGAGGGCGCACAGCAGAUCUUUAAGAUCCCGCCCCCCAGCAUAAACUUCACGCUGCCCUCCCCCAUCCUGGGCAUGCCCUGCGUGCCCAUGUUCGACCCGCCGUGGGUGCCCCAGAACACGGGCAGCGUCCAGGACCCGAUCAACGAGGACCAGUCUAAGUCGUUUUCGGCACGGGCGGUGUCACGCUCCCACCAGCGGGCGGAGCAUAUCCUGAAGAACCUGCAGCAGGAGGAGGAGAAGAGGAGGCUGGGGAGAGAGGCCAGCAUCAUCACCGCCAUCCCCAUCACCCAGGAGGCCUGCUACGAGCCCACCUGCAGCCCGCCCCCCGAGCAGGAGGAGGAAGCAGAAGAAGUGGUGAACCUGGCGUCUCGCCGCCUGUCCGUCAGCCCCUCCUGCGCCUCCAGCAACUCGCACAGGAACUACUCCUUCCGCCGCGGCUCCGUCUGGUCCGUGCGCUCCGUCGUCAGUGCCGAAGACGAGGAGAACACCACUGAGCUCACGCCCACUCACCACGUCCUGCAGCCCCCGCAGGCUGUGUUCCCAGCAUGCAUCUGUGCGGCCGUGCUGCCCAUCGUGCACCUGAUGGAGGACGGGGAGGUGCGGGAGGACGGCGUCGCGGUGAGUGCAGUGGCCCAGCAGGUCCUGUGGAACUGUCUGAUCGAGGACCCUGCUCUGGUGCUCAGGCACUUCCUGGAGAAGCUUACUGUCAGCAACAGACAGGACGAGCUGAUGUACAUGCUCCGGAAGCUGCUGCUGAACAUAGGAGACCUGCCGGCCCAGACCUCUCACAUUCUCUUCAACUACCUGGUGGGGCUGAUCAUGUACUUUGUGCGGACGCCCUGCGAGUGGGGCAUGGACGCCAUCUCGGCCACGCUGACCUUCCUGUGGGAGGUGGUGGGCUACGUGGAGGGGCUCUUCUUCAAGGACCUGAAGCAGACCAUGAAGAAGGAGCAGUGUGAGGUGAAACUGCUGGUCACUGCGUCCAUGCCAGGAACCAAGACCCUGGUGGUCCAUGGGCAGAAUGAGUGUGACAUUCCCACCCAGCUCCCUGUGCAUGAGGACACCCAGUUUGAGGCACUGCUCAAGGAGUGUCUCGAGUUCUUCAAUAUUCCUGAAGCACGUUCAGCACAUUACUUCCUCAUGGACAAACGUUGGAACCUCAUCCAUUACUCAAAGACCUAUGUGCGGGACAUCUACCCGUUCCGUCGGUCCGUGUCGCCCCAGCUAAACCUGGUCCACAUGCUGCCGGAGAAGGGCCAGGAACUCAUCCAGAAGCAGGUGUUCUCCAGGAAGUUGGAGGAAGUGGGGCGUGUGCUCUUCCUCAUCUCCCUCACCCAGCGCAUGCCGGCCCUCCACCGCCAAUCCCACGUCUCCCUGCUGCAGGAGGACCUCCUGCGCCUGCCCUCCUUCCCCCGCACCGCCAUCGACGCCGAGUUCUCCCUCUUCAGCGAGCCCCAAGGUAAGGAGCUCUUCGGUCUCGAUACGCUCCAUAAGGUCCUGUGGAUCAAGCUGCUGGAGGAGAUGUUUCUGGGCAUGCCCAGUGAGUACCCCUGGGGCGAUGAGAUCAUGCUCUUCCUCAACGUCUUCAACGGGGCUCUGCUGCUGCACCCCGAGGACAGCGCCCUCCUCAGGCAGUACACCGCCACUGCGAUCAACACCGCCGUGCACUUCAACCACCUGUUCUCCCUCAGCGGGUACCAGUGGAUCCUCCCCACCAUGCUGCAGGUGUACGCUGACUACGAGAGCAACCCGCUGCUGAGGCAGGGCAUCGAGUUCUGCUGCAGACAGUUCUACAUCCUGCACCGCAAGCCCUUCAUCCUGCAGCUGUUCGCCAGCGUCGCCCCUCUGCUGGAGUUCACUACCCCCACCAGUACAGGGCUGUCGAAGGGGGUGUCGGCGCAGUGCCUGUUUGACCUGCUGGUGUCGCUGGAGAACGAGACGCCCGACACGCUGGAUGCCCUGGAGCUGGUGAAGGCAGAGAAGCCGCUACGCUCCCUGGAUUUCUGCUAUGGUAAUGAGGACCUGGCCUUCUCCAUCAGUGAGUCCAUCAAGCUGUGUGUGACAGUGGUGGCCUACGCCCCAGAAUCCUUCAGGAGUUUGCAGAUGCUGAUGGUGCUGGAAGCUUUGGUGCCGUGUUUCCUGCAGAAGAUGAAAAACAACACGCUGGCUCUGGAGUCUGCCUCAGCUGCCCGAGAUGAGAUCGCUGCUAUUGCUGCCCUGGCCACCUCCCUACAGGCGCUCCUCUACAGCGUGGAGGCGCUAACACGGCCGAUGACAGCCCCUCAGAUGAGCCGCUGUGACCAGGGACACAAAGGCGCGACCACCGCCAACCACGCCAUGUCAGGGGGCGCCAACACCAGGUACGGGGGCAUCCCAAUCCAUCUGUCCCACUGCAUGAGGGACAACCUGCACCUGCUGGAGGAGGGGCAGGGAAUGCCGCGGGAGGAGCUGGACGAGCGCUACGCCCGCGAGGAGUUCCGCCGCCCGCGCGAGUCCCUGCUCAACGUCUGCACCGAGUUCUACAAGCACUGCGGCCCGCGCCUCAAGAUCCUGCAGAACGUGGCCGGGGAGCCCCGCGUCACCGCCCUCGAGCUGCUGGACAUCAAGUCCCACAUGAGGUUGGCAGAGAUAGCCCACUCCCUGCUGAAGCUGGCCCCGUACGACACCCUGACCAUGGAGAGCCGGGGCCUGAAGCGCUACAUCACCGAGAUGCUGCCCAUCACCGAUUGGGCCACCGAGGCCGUUCGCCCCGCCCUCAUCCUCAUCCUCAAGAGACUGGACCGCAUGUUCAACAAGAUCCACAAAAUGCCCACGCUCAGGAGACAGGUAGAAUGGGAGGCUGCCAGCAGUCUGAUCGAGGGGAUCUGUUUGACUCUCCAGCGUCAGCCAAUCAUCUCCUUCCUGCCGCACCUUCGUUCUUUAAUCAACGUCUGUGUCAACCUGGUGAUGGGGGUAGUGGGGCCCUCCAGUGUGGCCGACGGGCUGCCCCUGCUCCACCUGAGCCCCUACCUGUCCCCCCCGCUCCCCUUCAGCACGGCGGUGGUGCGGCUGGUGGCCCUGCAGAUACAGGCUUUGAAAGAUGACUUCCCCCUCAGUCAUGUGAUUUCGCCCUUCACCAAUCAGGAGCGGCGAGAGGGGAUGCUGCUGAACCUGCUGAUCCCAUUCGUUUUGACUGUGGGGUCAGGAAGCAAAGACAGCCCUCACCUGGAGCAGCCGGAGGUCUUCCUGCUCCUGCAGACGGUGCUGAACAUUCUGCUGCCCCCCCGCAUCAUCAGCACCUCCCGCAGCAAGAACUUCAUGCUGGAGAGCUCCCCCGCCCACUGCUCCACCCCCGGGGACACGGGCAAGGACCUGCGCAGGGAGGGGCUGGCAGAGUCCACCAGCCAGGCCGCCUACCUGGCCCUGAAGGUAGUGCUGGUGUGCUUUGAGCGGCAGCUGGGUAACCAGUGGUACAGGCUCAGCCUGCAGGUGAAGGAGAUGGCCCUGCGCAAGGUGGGCGGCCUGGCCUUCUGGGACUUCAUCGACUUCAUUGUUCGAACCCGCAUCCCCAUCUUUGUACUGCUGCGCCCUUUCAUACAAUGCAAGCUCCUGACCCAGCCAGCGGAGUCUCAGGAGGAGAUCAACGCUCGGCACCACAUCGCCGACCAGCUGGAGCGACGCUUCAUCCCCCGCCCGCUCUGCAAGAGCUCGCUCUUUGCCGAGUUCAACAACGAGCUCAAGAUCCUGAAGGAGGCGGUGCACAGUGGCGCCGCCUACCAGGGGAAGACCUCCAUUAGCACGGUGGGCACGUCCACGUCAGCCUACCGCCUCAGCCUGGCGACCAUGUCCCGCUCGAACACCGGCACUGGGACCGUGUGGGAGCAAGACAGCCAGCCGUCCAGACAGCCUUCCCAGGACACCCUCAGCCGCACCGACGAGGACGAGGAAGAGAAUGACUCAGUGAGCAUUCCCAGCGUGGUGAGUGAGCAGGAGACCUUCCUGCCCAGCGUCGUCACCCAGCGCCGAUUCUCCAGCCACACCACCGGGGUCUCUGCCAGCCAACCAGAACCCACCAUGAGCACCAUGCUGCCCAGUCACAGUGAGCCCAAUGUGCUAGAUGAGUCCCAAGGAAUGCUGGAAGAGAGUAACCUGUCUAGGGUGGCCAGUGUGCAGAGUGAGCCGGGCCAGCAGAACCUCCUGAUGCAGCCGCCUCUGGGUCGAAAGAGAGGCCUGAGACAGUUACGGCGCCCCCUGCUGUCCAUACCCAAGGCUCCGCACGAUAUGCGCAGCCGCCCCGGUGCCCGCCUAUCCACCACGCGCCGGAGCAUCCAGCCCAAACACAAACCCCUGGGUAACACCAAGAGGUCGGUCACGUUCACCGAGACCCAGCCGGACGCACCCGCCGCAUCGCCCCUGGCAGCCGCCAAAGAUCGCCCAGCUGAGAGCAACAGGUUGAGCCCCGCCUCCCCCGCGUCUCCUGCUGCCGUCGCCACGACGAUCGCAGCUGCUGACCUGCACAGCCCCGCCCGAGCUCAGCUGUCUACGGUCUCAGAGAGAAGAGACCCAAGGGGAAUCCAAAGCAGCCUGUCCCCUCCUCCCCCUUCCACCCCUACCCCUCCGCCUCCUUCCUCCCACUCCUCCUCUCCUCUCCGUCACUCCUCCUCCCCGCUGCCUCCCCCUCUCCCCAUCCUGGGGAUCCCCGCUCAGCCUCCGCUGCAGGAGAGCCCGGAGGACGAAGAGACGUCCGUCCUUCUGCAGCACGCCCACACGGUGCUGCACAUCAGCGAGGAGAACGGCACGGAGAACCCCCUCCUCUCCCCCCUGCUGUCCCCCCUCCUCUCCCCCCUCACAAUCUCUCCCGUGGACCUGGACCUGGAUGAGUCGCACGUCUGAGAGACCCCCCCCACUGUACUCUGUAUCCCUAAACCAGUCAGUCGUAUGUAUGAGAACCACACCCUUCUACUCUUAGUAGAAGAAUAUAAAGCAGGAUUUGGUUGAAUUUCUGAGUCCCCCCCCCCUCCCCAUUGUCCUCGCUCCAUAGCUUUCCCCUAACUGCAUGAACCCCAAAAUGAGUCAUUUAUUUCACUUAGAAACCCCUUCGUAUCUGUCUUCACUUCCCCUCCCCCCAUUACUGAACACAGCCUCACCCUUAUCCUUGCGAAACAUAGCCAAAAUCUUUCGGGACAAAGCAAUCACUUCAUUCACCUUUUCCCAGGAGGAAAAGAGCAAAAUGUGAAAUUUGCAUCGAUUGACUUAAUAGGAAGAACAGUGAUGUGUGAAAGUACGGUCAAAUGUGACAUGGGUUUAAAUGCCAUUCAUAAGCUACUGCCUGGUCAGCUUGCUACUGACAAGCACUUCUCUAUUUUUUUACUGUCCAGUGAUGAUUCGUUCAGUAGGAAUUUAAACUGUGUUAAAAAUUGUCUUAUACCAAUGUAGUUGGAGAGGGAUGUGCAUUUGCCAUAUAAGCCUAAACUUUCAUUGCGAAGCUUCAGGAAGAAAAAAAAAAAGGUUAGGAAAAAAAGGUCUUUAAAUGAGAUGUUAUUUUUAUGUUUAAUACCUCAGUAAGAUAUAAUAUAAAAUGCGAAAGUAGAUAUAUAAAUAAAUAUAUAGCAUAAAUACAGAUGUUAUUUUCAAACCAGAAAGUACUAUUGCAGGGAUACUCAAAUCUGCACUUCAGGGUUUUCCUCGAACUGUUUUUCUCUGCCUGAUAGUCCAUA